AUGCCCCGCCAACCCAUUAUCAAACCUGAACCUACAGAGGAUUACGAGGAUGGUGAAUAUUCCCAUUCACCAUCUGAAGGGGAUGAGGACUUCGACCUAUUCAAGGGUGCGCUGCCUCAUCCAAGUGCGAUCAGAUAUAGGACCAUUGAUCUAUUCGAAAUGAUGCAAGGACCUUAUUUGAUUCUUGAUCCGCCAUAUCAGCGAGAUGUCGUAUGGACGAAACUGCGUAUGUCCGGGUUGAUUCAUUCUAUGUUGCAUGAGUUCUACGUCCCACCGAUCAUCUUCUCCCUCUCGAGAAUUCUCAACCAAAACAACUCAAAGCCCCGCAUCACCCGCACCGUCGUCGACGGAAAACAACGUCUCUCCUCCAUCAAAGCCUUCAUGCUCGGUCAAAUCCCCUACCUCGGCCGCAACGAGACGAAAUACUUCUACACUCUUGAAAACGUCAGAGAACGCGGUGCCAAGCUCUUACCAGAGAAUGCGAGACAAAAAUUCAAGGAGCAGAGUUUGUUGUGUAUUGAGUAUAAGGAUUUGAAGGCUGAGCAGGAGGAGGAUCUGUUUCAGAGGGUACAGAUGGGAAUUCCGUUGACGAGCGCGGAGAAGUUGCAGGCUGUAAGUGGGAAGUGGAAGAGCUUCAUUAAGGAGUUGCAGGCGGAGUAUACUCGUGUCAACGACCGUGAGUUCUCCACCCUGUUCCCCCGCCGUGCGCUCUGUGAAGACAAGAGCGCAAGAGAUUUCCAAGCUUUCGCAAUCAUCCUCUUCGUCCUCCACUGCACAAAACCAACCGACCUUCGUCCCGCCCCCUGGACAAACACCCCCUCCCGCCUUAUGUCAUUCAUCAAAGACACACCGGAGCCAACCCUCGAAUUCCGGGCCCGCGCUCGCGCCGUAUUUGGUAUCUUCGACAAGAUGAUCGAGAACAGUCCCGAUGUCUUCACACACCAAUAUACGUUCUGGUCGAAUCAGGUUGUGGGGUCGGGGAAAGGGAGUAAAAAGGAGAAGGCGGAGGUUACGCACGCGAGGAGGUUUUCGCCGAUCGAACUUUAUGCGACUGGGAUUCUUAUCGACAAGAUGAAAGAAAUCAAGACACCCCGCGCCUCUGCUCCCGGGAAGGGUCAUGGAGUAGGUUCGGUGAGCGUAGAGACGAUCAACGCACUCUCCCGCGAAGUCAAUUCCAUGCGCCAAUGGAUCCGUGAGAAGGCGCUUGAUUUGAGAUCAAAUACCCAGACGUGGAACAAAUUGUCGCAGUAUAUCACUGAAGCGGGGGAGAGGUGGCAGAGGUGUGUUGAGCGGGGGGUUCAUCCUGGUGAUGUCCGCUCGGAGGUUGUUGCUGAUGGGGAUGAGGAUGAGGAGGAGAUGGUGAUUGGGAUGACGGAGGAGGAGGCGUUCAAUAUGGGGAGUGCGGGAUCUGCUGGGAAGAGGAAGGCGGAUGGGGAUGGAGAAUGGGGUCCAGCGAGCAGGAGAAGAAUGCAGAUGUAG